AUGCCCGGACAGAUUUCCAAUAAGACACUAUGGCUAGAAGAAGUUAUCCCUCAGAUAGAUGUGCUGAUGUCGACUUCUUCUACCAGUUCAUUAAACAAGGCUUUAUCGAAACUUCAUACUAGUUUAAAGAAAAAGGAAGCUGCUUCAGAGUUGACGGUCAAGCAAGUCGAGCUUAUAUGGAUCAGUAUAUUCAACUCAUUUACUAGAUGUCCGUUUGACUCAAAGUUAAGUCAACUGGUGAUGCGGGUUUUCUCAGAUAUUUUGGCCUUGGACUUUGACAUUUAUGCUGAGAAGCUUUGCAAAUUCAUCUACACCUGUUCAUUAAAACCCAUUGCUACUGCCGUCGAAUUGACUCUUCUCGGCUGGAUUACUUUUCUUUGCAGAGAACUUACUGAAAAACACUCAUUCUAUGGUGUAGUCUGUGACCUACUAGUCCCAUCUUCUGUCCUUUUGUUCAAUCAUGUAUCCGAAAGAAUAGCCGAUCUAGACAAAAAAGAUCAUCAUAAAAUUAGAUCUUUAGGUACUGUCAUAUCGGAGAUCAAGAGUCAGUAUAUGCUUAUAUUGAGUUAUUACAGCGAAGAUGACAACUGCCUUGAUAAAUUGGUUACUGCUAUCUGCAAUGAGAGGUUACCAAUCAACGGGAUCCUCGCCAAUAUCGGUAUUUUGUCUGGUGCUGCUUUAGAAUUGAAGACCAGACGUAAUUUCCCCAAACCAUAUGAUCAGCUAAACUCAAAUGCUAUGGAGAUAGUGAAAUUCUUUGACAAUGAAUGUUUGGGACCGAAAGUAUCGUUAACUUUUGCCUCUCUGCAUCAGUUUGAGCACUUUGUGGCCUGCUUUGUACACCAAAGUGAGUUUUUAGAGCUCUUACCCAGUUUGCAGAAGGCUUCCUUGAGAAAUUCUGAAAUGGCUUUCAAUAAAGUGAUUCCCUCAAUCUUCAAAGCGGUCGACAGCUCCAAAUUUGACGUUAUAAAUACAGUCGUCUCAAGCAGGAAGUUUUUCUCCUCUUUAAUGUCUUCAUUGAAGUCUUCUAAAGUUACUGUGAGAGAAGGUGGUGCUUCUGCCAUUGCUGUCUUGGUUUCCAAACUCUCCCAGACAUCUCAGAAAGAACCUCUGGUUGAGUUAUUGGCUGAACUUUUUAAGAUUUUGAAGAGUCUUUCCCCAACUGCAACUGAGCAGAAAGUUCUUAUUUAUCGCAUUAUAUCUUCUGUCCCCGCAAUAAUCCCUACAGAUGUUGAAGAUAAGAUUAUUACCGAUGUUCUCAGUUGUUCUUCUAGUGACACCCACGAGGAGUCUUUGUCUGCCAGUUUACGUACAGCCUUCAGUUUCUUCUUGCACACUCUUACUUCUGGUACUGCAAGUAGUGAUCUCAUCAACUCAGUUACUGCUUCGACCGAGAAGGGACUCAAUGACAAAAACCAAAGUUUACGUGCCUGUUGGUGUAUGUCUAUCGGUUCCGCAUUACUCCACGUCUCUGAUAAUGACAAGGUGAAUCAGUUUAUUACUGACAAAAUUAUUGGUUCGCUCUCUGAGAUCUUAAAGACUUGUAUCAGAUAUCCACUUCCGAGUGUUACUAAUAAGUUGAUUGGUGGCGGAUAUGCCGCAGCUUACAUUCUCAUGUUUUUGAACAAGAACUGUAGGGAGAUAGUUCUCAAGUCUCUUGUGGGAGUUGACUCAAAGCCUUGUAUAUUGACCAAUUUGAAACUCAUUGAGAAACUUACCUCGGAGGAAACCCAAAUAUGGUUUAUACGAGCACUAUACUCUGCGGCUUCCUUUUUGGAAGAUAACUCGAUGAGCUUUGGCUAUGUCGCCUUGUAUACCUGCAUAUCUCGAAACGUUUUGAAUAAGGCUCACAUCUUAUCUUAUAGAUUGCUCCAUGAAUCCAUAACGAGAAAUCAAAAACCUAUUUGUGCUUCCUGCAUCUCUGCAGUUAAUGAUUUGAUUCAUCAACCGUGCACCUAUGAUCAUGAUCUCAACUUAGAUACUCAAUACCUUCACGCCUUUAUCUCUUCUCUCACGAGACCAUCUAGCGGCUUGGAUAAGGAAAUAUUGGAAAUUACUCUAAUUGGACUUCUUAUUCCUUGCUAUCACGAGAAAUUUGCGGUGCUUAGAAACAAAUGGGUUGGGGUUUGUCAAUCUGCUGACGUCGAUCCUGGAUACUUGGUUUCCAAAUAUGAUUCGGCCAUUAUCGAACAGUUAAGUACUGCUCUGAUGGAGGAUACAGAAGUUACAGUUCCAAGCAAUGUCUACUCAGCGGUUUGCAAUGCUAUUGCAAAUAUAUCCUUUAUAUCUCCCUCAAGUACCGUUCCACGGUUGACACAUAUCAUUGCCAAAGAUAUGGAUACCAUUUCCGACUUGAAUAUUGAUGAUGAGAAAGUCGCUAUCUGGAAGGGAAAUGAAGGUGAAAUGGUGGUGAAUAUUUUAGAGAAGAGCAAUAUAAAGAGACAACAGCUGUUGAAUAAGAAUUCCAAAGAUUAUGAGACCAUGAAGUGGGAACAAGAGGUUCGUAAGAAGCUCGAGGAGAAAAAGAAAAUUGCCAAGCAGCUGACCAAGGAGGAGAAAGUUUUGGUGGAACAGCAAUUGAAGUACGAAUCUUCGAUUAGGAAAAUAGUUGAAAAGCAUUAUCUUACACUUCGCCGUGGACUUGAAAUUAUCAUUGCGCUUUCUAACGAAGCUUCAGCGGCUGAUAAUAAUUCAGAAGAAUGGUUUCCAGUGGCUGUUUCAAAAAUUUUGAAGCUACUAAAUUCGGAAUCAGCCAAGAAACUUGUUGGUGAACUUGCCACCAAAUGCUUUCUUGCCAUGUCUCGUGUAUUAACCAUUACCGGCUUGACAGGAACAUCAUCCAUUAAAUGGAUUGGUGCUUCAACUUUGAGGUUGUAUAAUAUUGAGUCCAUCCCUCUCAUCUAUACUCCAAAGGAUUUGACAGAGCUUAUAAGUUCGCAGCUUUUCAGUUUGAAAAUUUCAUCGGACAAGGGACAGUUUACUUCCAUCACGUUAAUGUACCUCUUACCAUUGUUGAUUAGAGUUAUAGAAUAUGGUAAGAAAUAUGUUACAACGAACCACAAGGAGAACCAGGUGCAUAUGGAGGAUGACUAUGUGGACGAGGCUCCGCAAGAGGAACAAUUGGCUUUGGCUCUUUCAAUCAUUUCUUCUAAUAGUGAAACGUUUGCCGAUGAAAACAUUCCGAGAUUCAACCUAUUGACUGAUUUAAUUGAUUUGAUGACCAUUCCUUCUAAGGCCAAAUUGGUGAAGGAGUGCUUUGUUCCUUUGGCUCAAAGCAUUUCUGUUAAUAUCACAGGUGAUGACUUGCUAGUUCUGCUUAAAGCAUGUAUUAGCGAGUCCAAAUUUGUGAGAACCACCGUAUUGGAAACAAUUGACCAGGAAUUUGAUCUUUCGGAUUUAGGUUUCAACGAAGAAAUCUGGAUUGCCAGGUUUGAUACAGAUGCGGGAAACAGGGAGCUCGGUAAAACUAUUUGGGAAGAGAGUAAUUUCUCCUUGGACAGUUCUGUUCCAGAUAAACUUCUUUCGUUUUUGAACAACAAAUCCGAGUCAGUUAGACUUUCUGUGGCUCAUUCUGUUGCCAGCUGCCUUAUCGAAUUAAGUGACGAGAGCCUUUUUGCUAAAACUUUGGAUGACUUACUAAGUUUGUAUCGAGAAAAAUCUAGACCUCCAGAACCAGAGACUAACGAAUUCGGUUUAGUCAUUAACACCGAUACUCCAGUUGAUACUUGGGAGGAGAGAAGUGGUGUUGCUCUGAGCCUCAAAUUUUUGGCUCCUCUAUUCAAGAAUCCAGUUCUAGUUGAAAAAGUGUUUAGAUUCCUUGUGUAUGAGCGUGUGUUGAUUGAUAAGAACGAAGAGAUUCGACUGGAAUUGAAAGACGCUGGUAUGAAUAUCAUUAACCAACACGGCAAAGCUAAUGUUGAAACGCUAAUUUCGAUCCUUGAGAAUGGAUUGGCCUCAAAGGAAGGGACUGCACAGGAUCAGGAUAAAUUGAAAGAGAGCGUGAUUAUAUUGUAUGGCAACUUAGCACACCAUCUGGAUGCAGAUGAUUCUAGAGUGGUAAGCAUUGUCUCUAGGUUGUUGAAAGCAUUGGACACACCUUCUGAAGAUGUUCAGCUUGCUAUUUCGGACUGUAUUGCACCUCUUAUUAUUCUCGCCCAUUCUAAUCUUGCAGAUUAUUUUGACAAGCUUUAUGCCAAGCUUUUUGAAGGAAAGAGCUUGGCUCAAAGAAGGGGUGCCGCGUACGGUAUCGCUGGUUUAGUGAAAGGUGAGGGUCUUAAGGCUCUUACAGAUUUCGACGUCACUAGAAAUUUGGAAGAGGCAUCGGAUGAUAAGUCUAAUGCGAAGAAGAGAGAGGGGGUUCUAUUUGCUAUUGAAUGUCUAUCUCAAUCAUUGGGUUCCAUGUUCGAGCCUUAUGUUCUUGAAAUGCUACCUAUUGUGCUUAAAAGCUUUGGCGAUUCUUCCGCAGAGGUGAGGAAUGCUACUAGCUAUGCUGCCAAGGAAAUCAUGAUGAACACCACCAGUUACGGUAUUGAAAAGCUUAUUCCGAUGGCUAUCGACAACCUUGAUGAUAUCUCGUGGAGAGCCAAGAAGGGAUCCGUACAAUUGCUUGGUUCAAUGGCCUACUUAGAUCCUGCGCAAUUGUCUUCUUCGCUUCCAACCAUUGUUCCGGAGAUCGUUGGCGUACUCAACGAUUCACACAAGGAAGUAAGAAAGGCUGCAGAUAGGGCAUUAAAGCAGUUCGGUGAAGUUAUCAGAAAUCCUGAAAUUCAAAAGCUCGUCCCAACCUUAUUGAAGGCUAUAGGAGAUCCUACCAAAUAUACAGAUGCUGCGUUGGAUGGUUUGAUCAACACACAAUUUGUUCAUUAUAUUGACGGACCAUCAAUGGCUUUGAUCAUUCAUGUGAUUGAUAGAGGCAUGCAUGAUAGAUCUGCCUCCACGAAGAAAAAGGCUGCACAGAUUGUUGGUAAUAUGUCUAUUUUAGUGGAUAGCAAAGAUUUACUACCAUACUUGCCUAUGUUGGUUUCUCAGUUGCAAGAGUCUAUUGUUGAUCCGGUUCCUCAGACUAGAGCCACUGCCGCCCGGGCAUUAGGUAUAUUGGUGGAGAGAUUAGGUGAGGAUAGAUUCCCAGACUUGAUACCAAAACUUCUGGCUAUUUUGCAAGACGAGUCUAGACCCGGGGACAGAAUGGGAUCUGCCCAGGCUUUGGCAGAGGUUAUCCGUGGCCUUGGCUUGUCGAAAUUGGACGAAUUGUUACCUGAGAUUCUUACUGGUACUAACUCUCCGAAGGCAUAUGUUCGUGAGGGAUUUCUGCCUAUUCUUCUCUUCUUACCUGCCUGCUUAGGCAAUCGAUUUGCCCCUUACUUAUCUAAGGCAAUUCCACCUAUUUUGAAUGGAUUGGCCGAUUCCGAUGAUGACAUCAGAGAUAUCGCUUUGAGAGCAGGUCGUCUCAUCGUUUCCAAUUAUGCUAACAAGGCUAUCGACUUGUUGCUUCCAGAAUUGGAGAAGGGUAUGUCGGAUGACAAUGCUCGUAUUAGAUUGUCUUCCGUGGAAUUAACGGGAGACUUAUUAUUUAAGAUCAGUGGUAUCAGUGGCAAUCAGGCCUUCUCAGAAGACCCAACGAUUCUUAGCAAUGUUGCCAAGACUUUCAACGAGAUUCUUGGAGAGGAAAGAAGAAAUCAGAUAUUAUCUUCGUUAUUCGUUUGCAGGUCGGAUAUUUCUGGUGGUGUUAGAAUCGGGGCUACCAACAUAUGGAAAGCAUUGGUUGCUAAUACUCCAAAAACUGUCAAAGAGAUCUUGCCUACCCUCACCCAGAUUAUUGUGCGUCGUUUAGCAUCUUCUCAGAUAGAGCAGAGGACUAUUGCGGCUACAGCUUUGGGUGAUAUGGUUAAGCGUGUCGGCAGUAACGCACUCUCUCAAAUAUUACCCACCUUGGAAGAGUCGCUUGUGUUAAGCGAUGCUGAUGCCAAGCAAGGUAUAUGCAUUGCUCUCCGCGAGUUGAUUGAAUCUAGUUCUACCUCCAGUAUUGAACAAUAUCAGGAUAUUCUUGUCAGAAUCAUUCGUUCUGCUCUUACUGACGCUAACUCGAGUGUUAGAGAGACUGCUGCACAGGCAUUCGAUGUUUUACAAGGAACCAUUGGUAACUCUGCCAUUGAUGACGUACUUCCUCAGUUAUUAGAGAAGCUUGAAAGUGAUAACCAAUCCGAGGAUGCACUUUCCGCUUUACAGGAGAUAAUGUCCAAGAAAUCAGAUGUGAUUUUCCCAAUUUUGAUUCCAACUUUGUUGAAGGUUCCGAUCAACGCUAAGGCUCUCAGUGCCUUGUCUCAAGUCGCUGGUUCAGCGUUGUAUAGGAAAUUAUCUACAAUCAUCAAUGCUCUUGUCAAUGCAAUUUUGGAGGGACAAGGUGACAGAGAAGAAUUACUGUCAGCAUUGUCCAGCAUCGUUCUUUCUGUCAACACCGAUGAAGGCUCUCAUCCAUUAAUGCGGGAGAUCUUGGCAUUGAUGCGAAAUGAAGAUCAUGAAAAAGCAGUCGUCAUUUUUGAGGUUUUGCCUAGAUUCUUCGAAGAGUCUUCUUUGGAUUACUCUGUCUAUGCUCAGGACAUAGUUACACAAUGCAUUUUUGCUUUGGAUGAUAAGGAUAGAACUGUGGCUAAAAACAGUUUCAACUCUCUUUCAGCAUUGGUUAAUAAAUUGCCGAAGGAGCAGCUCGAUUCGUUAGUUGCACCCGCAGAGCAAACUUUGUCGCUUAUCGGAAAGACUGGAGAGGAUUUGUAUGCCUUCUCUUUACCAAGGGGCCCAAACUGUGUGUUGCCAAUCUUUCUUUAUGGCUUGAUGUAUGGCGAUAGCCAACAGAGGGAACAGUCCGCAAACGCUAUUGCUUUUAUUGUCGAGCAUACGCCAGCUACGACCUUGAAACCUUUUGUUACUAUCAUCGUUGGUCCUCUUAUUAGAGUUAUAGGUGAGAGGUUUUCAGCAGAUGUUAAGAGCGCCAUCUUGUUGGCCUUGAAUAAAUUGUUUGGCAAGAUUCCUCAAUAUUUGCGUCCGUUCAUUCCUCAAUUACAGAGAACUUUUAUUAAAUCUUUGAGUGAUCCUUCAAGUGAUAUUCUCAGAACGAGGGCAGCCAAGGCGUUAGGUACAUUAAUCAAAUAUCAACCAAGAGUUGAUCCAUUGGUUACUGAGUUGUUGGCCGGCGCUCGGGCUAUCGGUUCGACAAACAUUGGAAUCCAAACAUCGAUUUUGAAAGCUUUACUUGAAGUGGUCGAUAAGGCAGAAAGUAAGAUGAGUGAACGUUGUAAGAACGGUAUAAUGUCUCUUGUUGAAAAUGAAGUUUUCAAGGAUGAUGUUGGCGAAGAGACUGUUGUGGCAUAUGCAAGAUUGAUCGGCUCAUUAUCUAAGAUUUUGAGUAAGGACGAGGCAACAAACUUGUUGAGCAGUAAAGUUCUCAACGCUGAUAUGAAUGAUAGUAAUUCCGCAAGGUUUGCUGUUUUGGUGCUCAACGCUCUCUUGAAAGAUUCUCCGGAUAAUAUCUUUGCCUAUGGAAUGUUUGCCGAGAUAUGCGAAUUCAUUGAGAAAGCUUGUGAUUCGAAUAUGCCUUACGUGAGCGACAAUUCCGUUAUCGCUCUUGGUAAGCUUCUUCUUUCUUCUGAUAAAAUGAAGGCUUCAGUCGAAGAUUAUGAAGAUUCGCUUGAUAAUUUGAUUCAACAAUUAUGCGUCUCUAUUCAGAAACCCGUUUCCAACUCACUCGAUACCAGAAGAUUGGCAUUGAUUGUUAUCAGAACUAUUUGCAGAUACCAGUAUGAGUUCGUUGUCAAGUCACAUUUGGAGAUAUUUGUUCCGUCUGUUUUUGUGUGCGUUAGAGAUCCUGUGAUUCCUGUUAAAUUGGCAGCGGAGAAAUGCUUCUUAGCAGUUCUAAACUUAGUGAGUGACGAGUCUAACGCCAAUUACAAGUGCUGGAUUGAAUCUAACAAUGGUGCUACCGUCGUGAAAUCUGCUGCUGGCACUUCUAUUCAGAUGAAAUCCAUUUCUGAAUAUGUGAAAAGAGUGGCUACACGUUUGGCUAAAGUGGAAAGAGAGAGAAUCGCUUCUGGUGGCGAUAAAGAAGUCAUGUUUUCUGAUCAAUAUGAAGACGAGAGGGAGAUUUGGGCUGUUGGAGGAGUGGAUUUAAGUAAAGAUUGA